GGUGCGCCUGAAAUAGAUUUCGAUGAUUCAGACCAAGGCAGUGCUCAGUCGACUCCAUCCCCACAGAGUCGACAGUUUCAAACGUUGGUACCCGCUCUGAGGUCUCACUCGUCGUCCACCACCUACCACCCAUCCCUGCGCAAGAAGAGGUGGACGUCCGAUCGACAGCAAGCACUCGUACUCAGACAGGAGGGCACGCUGGAGAAAAGUUGGUCCCUGCAAGCAGAACUUGCUCAGCACAGACCACAAUCAAUGAUGAAUCCAAACUUCAGCAGCAAGUCACAGUACCACCAACCGCAAGCGCAAACAACAACGUCGCAAAACGUCAUCGCCAACAAAGUGGCAGGGACUUUGUUGCAACAAAUGCACAUAGAACAAUUUGUGCUGGAAAAUUUGAAUGAGCACAGGAAGUGGCUGCUAGGAAAGGCGGUGUCAGUGGGUCACAUGCUCAGCUGGACCAAGGACCCAAUAACAAAGCCGAUGAUAAGGACAAAUAACAAAUCAGUGAAGAAGGAAGCCUCGGAAGUUUUCAAACUCAUUCAGGUGUACAUGGGUGACAGGAAAUCAAAAGAGCCACUAGCUCAAAUUGCACUUGAAAUCGCCGUUCGUGGCUGGAUAAGUGUGGAGAUGAGAGAUGAGAUCUACAUACAACUCUGUAGGCAGACCACCAAGAAUCCGAGAGAAGAUAGUGCCGUGCAAGGCUGGGAGCUGUUGGGCAUCUGUCUGGCCUUCUUCCCUCCAUCUUGUAAGUUCUACUCCUACCUAGAAGGUCACAUAUGCAAGAAUGUUGAGGCUUACAAUCAGAUUGAUAAGGCGCAGUCGCUGACCUACAUAUACACAUUGUGCUGUCAGAAGAGACUGCAGUGGGUCGUGAACUGCGGAGCGAAGAAGGGCUUGAAGAAACCGAGUCUCGAGGAGAUUGACCAUGCUAAGAAAUCAAUGGUGGAACAAUCGAUGUUCGGUUGCACACUAUCUGAAGUGAUGAACCUGCAGAAAGAGAGGUACCCGGAAAGCAGUUUGCCAUGGAUCCAAACCAUGCUCUCUGAGGAGGUUCUCAGAUUGAACGGGGCAGCCACUGAAGGAAUAUUUAGAAUACCAGGUGACAUUGACGAAGUGAACUCGUUGAAGGUGAGAUGCGAUCGCUGGCUACCUCCCCCGUCUAAUCUUCACGACCCACACGUUCCCGCAUCUCUCCUGAAGUUGUGGUACAGGGAGUUGCAGGAACCUCUCAUACCCUAUGCAUUCCAUCAACAGUGCAUUGACAGUUUUGCUGACCCUGAUGCUUCCAUGGCCGUCAUCUCCUCGCUGCCAGAGAUCAACAGAUCGGUUAUCACCUAUCUCAUUAGGUUUCUACAAGUCUUCUGCCGACCUGAGAACGUGCAAUGUACCAAGAUGGAUGUGAACAACCUGGCCAUGGUGAUGGCUCCCAACUGUCUCAGGUGUCUGUCUUCCGAUCCCAGAGUCAUAUUCGACAACACACGCAAGGAGAUGGCAUUCAUAAGGAACCUUUUACUUCAUCUCGAUACUUCAUCUUUUGCUGAUUUUAUAUAA